UUGUACUUUCAGUUUAUCAGUACACAAGACUGACCAGUUUGUUUUACAAGCUAAAAAGACAGAGYGAAACCAAAAUAUUGGAAAGUAGGCGUCACUUUAGUUAUUGUCGGUCAGGAGUCUGGCGUUACUUACUCGGUUAUAUAACAAUUGAUUUCCUUGGCGGUUCAAACAAAAGGGAACCUAAAGGUGCUGAUGGUAGGUGUUAUGUGAUUGGUCGUGAGCGUAGGAGUCGUCGACUGACCCAAGUUACAUUGUCUGCUUCUCUCCCGUUAUUUGCAGCUUACAGCGAUUUUCUGCAAAAUUCACUGCGUUACGUCGAAAAAUAUCACCUCUUUUUACAGCUGCGUUGAGUUUUAAGAACCAACGCUGUUCUUUAAGCUUUGACCUAUCGUUUAUUAAAGUUCAGAGCUGCUUUUUUGUGGAGUUUAAAGCCGUGGUCCGUGAAUGAUAAUCAAGUCUUCGAAAAAGACAUGAGCACUUCGUAGGACGAAAGUUGUACUAUCGCUUUUGYAUUUAUACUAAUUAUUUUAUACAUGGUGGCUUGAACGACACAAAAUAUGGAUCCUACGGAGAGUUUUGUGUUUUCUAAUGAUGGAGUUGAUGAUGGUCUGGAUGAAUACGAGAACGACUCCGGCGAUAAAUCUUCUCAUGGAAGGUUAAGGAAGCGUAAAAGCAACGUUUCAUUACUAAUGAAAGACGAGGAAUCGGACGAUGAUGAUUCUGAAAAGCCAGAAAGUAAAAUUUCCAGACAAGGUGGUGAUUCUGAUAAUAUUAAGGAUAAAUUUGCAAGAGAAAAUCACAGUGAAAUUGAACGCAGAAGAAGAAAUAAAAUGAAUGCAUACAUCAAUGAGUUGUCAGACAUGGUACCGUCGUGUACUGGACUGGCCAGGAAACCYGACAAACUAACAGUCCUGAGAAUGGCAGUAAAUUACAUGAAGACACUCAGAGAGACGACAAAAGAAGAAAGAUUAGCUCCUCAGGAUGUGAACUACAAGCCUUCCUUCCUCUCAGACCAGGAGCUGAAACACUUGAUCCUAGAAGCAGCAGAUGGUUUUCUGUUUGUAGUUAAUUGUAAAACAGCAACAGUUGUUUACGUAUCUGAUUCCAUUACUCCCGUAUUGGGUCAAGCACAGAAUGCUUGGAUGAACCAGUCAUUGUUUGAUUUAAUCCAUCCUGAUGAUAUUGAAAAAGUAAGGGAACAGUUGAUGUCCACAGAUUCGCCCGAUGCCGGUAGAGUUCUGGAUAUUAAAACUGGAAAUGUGAAACGAGAGGGACAUGGAGGACACCAACGUACACAAGUAACAUCCAGAAGAAAUUUCAUUUGUCGGAUGAGAUGUGCAGAAUUACCUGAAGAACAAGCAGCAGAAUCAAGGGGUAAAGAAUCUUUCAAACUACAUGCGUUGGAUGAAGAGUAUGCUGUGGUACACUGCACUGGAUAUCUAAAGAAUUGGAACCAAAAUGGCAACUAUCCUGGAGACGACAAUUCAUCCAUGUCAUUGGUCACRAUUGGACGGCUGCAGCCUGCUAGCAUACCUCAGAGUACUGACCUUGUUGACACCCCUACUGUUACGGAGUUCAUCUCAAGGCACAGCCUAGAUGGCAAGUUUACCUUUGUCGACCAAAGGGUGACAGAAGUCAUGGGRUAUCAGCCUCAAGAACUGCUAGGGCAGCUCUGCUUUGAUCUCUUCCAUCCUGAAGAUCUAAAACACAUGACAGAAAGCUUUGAACAAGUUAUUAAACUAAAAGGUCAGACACUAUCAGUUCGUUACCGGUUCCGGAAUAAAGCUGGAGAAUGGGUUUGGACMAGGACAAGUUGUUUUAGCUUUCAAAAUCCAUAUACUGAUGAAGCAGAGUACAUUGUCUGCACAAACAACAUAGUGAGCAACUUUCAGAUAGAGACGUCAUUACCACAGAUCAUGGCAAGCCCAAGCUUGUCAUCCAGGGGAAGUAAUGGUCCCUACAGCACCAACAGUGCUGGCUCUGAUUUCUCUCAGCUUUCACCGGCAAACAGUCUUACAAGUCCUGAAAUACAACAGCAACAAAUCCUACAUCAACAGGCMUUACAGCACCAGAGAAGUGCUGCCAGUCAGGCCAUGCCUGGCGAGGACAAUAUUUUYCACUUUCCUGGACAAUCUAAAGGUGCACAUCAUGUAUCAGAGAGUGGAUUGGAUGCACUAGCAAAGGCUGGUGAACUUAGUGAGAAAAGAGGUUUAACGUCAAYGAUCAAAGGAAGUCCUGUAGAUAUCUCAGCCAAUCAAAUGAAUCAACCCAACAUGAGCUAUAAAGAAACAACCCUGAACCGUGGUGUUUCCCAGGAAGGACCUGGACAAAAUGGUACAGGGAUGCUUCCACCAGGUGUUGACCAAGGAUCCAAGARUACCACAGCAGAUUUAGACAAGACAUUGGAUUUCUCUACUGGCCAGGCAGGCAGCUUACUCGCUGCCUUAGUUCAGCGCCGGCAGGCUUUGGCAGCAGCUUCGGGCRUUUCCACAACAAUAGCUACCUCCACUAUUCCUCAAGCAGCACUCUACAGUCAGCUUAUGUCACAAAUGAACGGAGGAAUGACUAUGUUGCCACCAGGAAUGGGUAGAAUGAUGCAGCAACAAGGAGGAAUGGGACAAAUGUCACCAGUUGACAUGAUGAGAGGGCAACAASCUGCUAGUGCCGCUGCCAUKGGUGACUUAAGUCCUGGCACAUCUAUGCCAUACAGUGGUGGUGCUAGAAAAGUUGAUUCCAGAGACAUGCCACAGGUAUCCCAGAAAGGGUCUUAUUCCCAUCUUCUGUCAGAGAAUAUGAAUCGUAGUGUCUCCUCAGUACCUUGGCCUGGAAUGCUCAGUGGACAAAUGGAGGGCAGCUCGUCUAGUAACAGCCCUCAGUCUUCUGGUAUGUACGGUCAAGUUAAYGCWCCAAAUACUUCCAGUGGCCGCAGCACUGCAAGCAAUUAUCCCUACUAUCAGUAAGAAUUGAACAUUGGUACCUUAUCAGAAAUCAAACGAGGAUGUUUCUGCUUUACAUCGACAGCCAUCGUAAAAACCAUGGUGUAUAGUCACGUUGAGCACAAUUGUAUAGCUCCCUACUAAUAUGGGUAGUAAGUGCCCACAGARCUCUCCUUAAGGAAUAGACAUUGCUAUCAUUCCAUAGCAAUCCAUAGUAUAAUGACACAGACUGGAUAGAGGAAAGCAUUCAUGUAUUGCAGUCUUCAUUAGUCAGGCAUUUUAUUGCUAUUUACUAUUAAUAUUUCAAGUGUGACUACAGAUAAUAAAUCCAAUCCUACGGGUGUAUCAAGAACCUGUCAACAAUUCUUAACAAUCUUCAUAUGAAUACUCCAGUUUCGAGUUCUCUGUUGCCCAGGGUUAGCCAGCUUAACUUUGUGUAGAAUAUUCAUGUGUUCUAGUGAAGGUCUGUGGAAUUUCAAAGUGUUUUUAUUGUUGAAGCUGUGCAUUCAAUACUUUAAUGCUGGUAUUUGUGAAUAUUUAGAUACUGAUUUGAGGCUAACCCUGAGUAAAUGAGUCUGUAAUCAAGGAACACAGCAGUAAUUUGGUACUUGAAAAUGGUCAAUAUAAAAUGGCCAAGAAUCUUUGGUUGGUGUUGACUGUGGUGYUAGUGUUAGUGUGUAAUUAUGUUAUCACUUCUAAAUAAUGGUUCUCAACUGCAUUGACUUGGUGGUGCAAACAGGUCCUUGAAAACUCCUUAAAUUUGUCAUGGGGGUGUGAAUAGGGGUAUGCACUCAAUUGGUCUGCAAAAAAAUGUUCUAAAAGCUAAAUCCUCCUGAAUCCUUUAUCUCAGCCAACAAAAACAAGCUUAAACAUUUCUGUCAAAGGUUUAGAUCCACAGUUUAAACUUGAUAACGAGCAGAACACAAAGUUUUGACAGAAAAAUGGAUAACUCCACAAUCCACUCAUUUGCAGGAUCUGCUAAUCCAGACAAAAUUAUUUACAAAAUCUGUUGAUCCAUAGGCCUAUUCAGCCCCCUCUAUAGUCCUAUUAAACAACUUGAAUAUUAUUUUUGUAGGUUUUUGUCCUUGAAAAGUCCUUUUCUUUUGUGUGUGAAAAUGACCUUGUAUAUGUAUUAAUAAUUCUUGAAAAACAAAGCACUUGUCAUACUGGGUUUUAGAAACAACGACCACUAUAAUAGUA